AUGACAUCCAACGGCGGUCAGCUGCCGCCGCGAUUUCCGUGUUGGUGUCGAGCGGUAUACUCAUGGGGGGGAGAGACAACGAAAGAUUUAGGGUUUGUGGAAGGCGACCUGAUCGAAUGUCUGAACGCCGGGGAUGGGCAGUGGUGGAUGGGUCGGCUACGCCGUGACAGACGAGCUGUUGGGCUGUUCCCCUCCAACUUCGUCGAGCUCAUGAGUGAAGAUUUUGUCCCUAUAAGUCGAGAUACCAGUCCCAUGGUGCUUUCCGGAUCUUCUCCCAUCAACAAUCCCACAUCGGCCCCAAAGAAGACGAAAACCGUGUUUCGCAAGCCCUUCCAGGCUCACAGAGAAGCAUUAUCUCCAGCCUCGAACUUGGCGCGCAGUGGAUCGAACACACCCAUUAAAAGCUCAAUUCCUCAGACACCACCUCGAGACGGAAGUACUCCUCGAAGUGUCAAACCUUUGCGCACACAUGUAUCUGCCGUCAAGAAUCAAGGAUCAAUGUCACGGCCGUCCUCUGUAUCUUCGCGACCCUCAUCUCGUGGGGUCUCUCCCAUCGUCUCCCCCCGCGCAUCAGUAGAGCCGGAAAGGUCACCUUCUGCUCUGGUAGCUCGUGGAAGUAUUUCAUCACCACGGCCGUCAUCGCGGCCCGUUUCUCGAGAAGUUUCCCCAAUGGUAUUACAAGAACCAGAGCCCGACCCCGAGCCAGAGCGUGAAGACUCACCUCCUCCGCCACCCCCUCCUCCGCAUCGAAUCGCACUGCAGCGUGGUCCGUCGCAUUCUCCUCAACCAAACCACUCUCCACAGCCAGCCGUAUAUUACCAGCAGCCUCAUUCACCACAACCAUAUAUGCAUUACGAACCGCCGCGUUCUCCACAACCACCUGCGCACUAUCAGCCGCCCCGCUCCCCGCAACCGCCUGCGCACUAUCAUGCACCCCGAUCUCCACAGCCACCUAUGCAUCAUAAUCAACCACACCGACGAAUGCAUUCUCCACAGCCUCCUCCAUCCAGAUCCCAGCGGCACUCUCGAUCGCCCACGCCUUUGAAUAUGAACGAUCGAUAUGUGAUAUUCGCACGUACGCCAUCGCCCGGCGCACGUUCGACGCACUCGGCCCAUUCUGCCGUUUCAGCACAAUCAGAUGCAAAUGGAAAUACCCCAUCUCCAUUAAGGGAUGCCAUGGAAGAUGUAAUGACUUCCCUGCAAGACAUGGGACUACCUCGCCAAGCUCCGUCGCCUUCCCCUCGCCAGGCACCCUCGCCAUCUCCGCCGCCGUCUUUUAACAACCCUUGGUCCGAAGAUCUUUAUAAUGAAAUGAAUGACCGAACACCCCCGGCAACAAGACGCCGACCGCUAACUUCCCUUGGGUUUGAUGGAGAGCCCGUGCAAAGUGUGCCGGUACAUCGCAAUAGCGUAUAUUCCCACGAUCACUACAUGGAUGGCCCUCCGCAACUCAACAAUUACGUUCAACGAAUGGAAAGCCGAUUGCGCCAGUUGGAAGACCAGAACCGGUCGCCUGAAGAUGAAGAUGGAGAUCCUGUAGAUGAUGAUGCGCCUCCCCCACCUCCUCCCAAACACGCUACUUAUCAUCCACGCAACAACUCGAUCCCAGCACAAUAUCCCCACCUGCGUGGCCGCCGUUCUGGACAAGAUAUGAGAAGCGACGCCCUCAACCGUACUUUCACCACCAAGUCUAGCGCCACAAGCUCCAGUGGUAUCCAAAGUAUUGGAACCAAUGUGACUACCAGCACAGACAAAACAAGUCAAAGUCUGAUGAGUGGUGCAUCUGCCGGAGGUUUUAGUGCGACCAGUGCCGGUAGCUAUGCACGACGGAAUGGUGGUAAUGACCGACCGAACACUGCUAUGGACAGUUUUCGUUCGCGUGGAUUUAGUGAUGCCGGCAACCCAGAAAGGCCAGAAACACCCAUGACUGGCGUGUCUUACCACUCAAGUCAUAACACGUCCCGCCAAGGAGCAUCCUCUGCUAUUCCCUGGUCGGCCGCUGACCAUGAUACCGGAGACUCUGGCGGUGUCUUUGGUGGUCUUUCAACGCCAAAGUCCAAAAAACAGGGGUUCUUCAAAAAGAUUUUCGAAUCUGCCAAGACGGGCGCCGCAAGUGCAAGGAGUAGCAUAUCGGUUGGUCAUGGCGGGGGAACCCCAUCCCCAACCAAAGGCAACAGGGCUGUAGAUGUGGUUUCGCCUCUCACUCCUCACUCUACUCGUGAGAACGCUCGUGAUAUGGGACUUGGGGCAAGCCCUAUCGAUUGGGUUCAGGUUCGACGUGAUGUCAACCGAGCAUCGUCCCCCAGUCGAAAUGAGAGAGUUGAACGCGCAGAGCGUUGCCAGAUGAUGGACCACCCGGUGAUUUACUCAGUCGAGGAGCUACAGGAUACCGCAGAGGGCGACGAGAAUAUCGAUGGCUUGCCUGUCCACGAACCGACGAAUUUUCAUGCGGCUAACAUGAAUCUCGUCGACAAAAGUGCUCGUUUUAUCAGCAGUCUUCCACCCAUGACAAACUCCAUGAGCCUUGCGCAGGGUUAUAUCUGCCGUCCCUAUAAGAGCGAUGUUCAACGACUUCGCGCUAUAUUUACUUGGGUCAGCGAAAAGAUUGCUUGGGAAGAGCCUCUGGAUGGCCUGGAGGUUGAUAUCAAACGGGUUUUACAAGCCAAACGGGGAACCCCUGAAGAGAUCGCGCUCUUGGUACACGAGAUGUGCGGUGCUGUUGGUAUACAUUCUGAAAUCAUCCACGGCUAUCUCAAGUACCCGGGUGACACACUCGACUUGGAAAGUCUAUCUCGUCCAAAUCACUGGUGGAACGCGGUUUUAGUCGAUGGGGAGUGGCGUAUGAUGGACUGUGCACUAGCAAACCCCACAAACCCUCAAAGAAGCCGCUUCGUCACCACCAACUCUUCAAUUGCUGAAAGCUGGUACUUCUUGGCUCGUCCGCUACAAUUCUGUUAUACCCACGUCCCACUUUACCCCGAAGAGCAGCACAUCGUCCCUCCGGUUUCGCCUGAUGUUUUGCUAGCACUUCCAGCUGUUUGCCCGCAAUAUUUCAAGCUGGGGACUCAAUUCCCGGACUAUGAUACAAGCUUGAUGCGAAUUGAAGGACUGGAGUGCAUGCAAAUAUGCGUAGUUGUUCCUCCUGAUGUCGAAUGCGCAGCUGAAGUUGAGGCCCCGGCUUUUGCCUGCGAUGCCGAUGGUGACUUCUUCGAAAGUGGAGACAUUUUGCGCAAGCGAGCACUUGUUCAGCCUGACUGGUUCGGUGGAAAAAAGCGAAUUACCGUCAAGGCCGUUCUCCCUGGCGACGAGGGCCAAGGCGUCUUGAAGCUAUAUGCCGGCAAGAAAGGCCUUAUGCACUCGAGCAAGGAUAUCCCCCAUCCCUUGGCAUUGGCGAUUCCGAUCAUGCAUAGCGGAGAAAACCCACCAUAUGACUUCGUUCUCCGCCAUCCCACGCCCCAUGCGCAGCGCCACGAUCUUUACAUUAUGCAGCCGCAAUGCUCACGUCUCGCCGUGAAUAACACCUUUGUCUUCGCUGUCCGCCAGCACCCGGCCGCGCCAUCGAUACCACCCAAGGACGAUUACUAUACUCACGGCCGUGCUUCCCCGUCAUUAUUCAACCGUCCCUCUAGUGCUCUCAGCAUGGUAUCGAGUACAGCACCGUCUACCGUCUCGAGUAACUCCAACGAGUUCUCCGCAUCCACAUCAGCCAUCUCAUCUACACGAUCCUCUUCUGGGCGUGAAAAACCAGCGAAGUUGGCUAUCCAAUCCCCAUCGGGCAAGAUUCUUCGCCUUACCCGGAAGGCCGACCACAUGAUCAGCAGUGAGAACCCCGGUAACUCCGUCACUGACGCCGUGGCCGAAGGCAGUGUCUGGGAGACAGUAAUCAAGAUCGGUGAGCGUGGCACCUGGCGUGGCCUGGUCCUUGCUGAUCGGGUUGCUCGCUGGUGCGUGUUCUGCGAGUGGGAAUGCGUUUGA